CAUGUUAAAGGGAAACUGCACGAUAAUUUACAACCUUUGUGUCGCCACCGAGGAGCCCGAGAUCAUGCCCUCUGUAUUGUUUCUGGAAAUCUGGGGGGGGGUUUAACCAAAGAGGUUAUGUUGAAUAGUUGGUUACAAGCAAUUACAUAUGUUUAUGACUGAUUCUGAUGUGUUUAGGUCCAAUUUGACUAUUUUUAGGCAAAAUAAAAAAAAUUUAAAAAAAGUAAAGUGAAUUGAGAAAUAUGGUAAUGUAGAGUUAUAUUCCUGGCAGUGUCGAGAUUAUUUUCACUGUCAGCGAAUAUUGAUUAUUUUCUCGAUUAUUCAAUUCAUUGUUUGGUUUGUAAAAAUGUCCAUUACAAGUUUCCAGAGCCCAAGACAAGAGAACAUCUUCGAAUGUCUUUAAGCUUAAGAUAUUGUUUAGGUUUACUCUCAAGCCUGAUUGGGGAAAAACUGAAAAUGUUCAAAUUUGACAAGCUGGCUUAAAAACAAUUUAAAUGAUUAAUCAGUUCUCAAAGUGAUGCUGAUUAAUUUUUCAACUAACCAGUUCAGCUUUAGUGUAGAAUAAACAUGAGGUAGACCAUCACACGGGGAGAUAACAAAAAAAUUGCCAAACAAUUAAAUAUAAUGGGGGAAAAAAAUUCUAUUUUUAAUUUUUUGUCUAUGAAAACAUCUCUUAGAAUAAUUGUUUUUUUUUUUAUGGGAGACUCUGAUCUCAUAAACCUCAGUAUUUCUAAAGUCCCAGAUACAGUAUUUUGUUAAAUCUGCAUUCAACGUGCAGUGGUUUGCUACUACGUCAUUUAUUAAUGUAAAACUGAAAUACUGCAACUGUGGUCUUUGUAUUUUAGAAGUAAUUUUAUCAUGAUUAAACAUAUUCCAACACUGUCAGCAAAGCUUAAAAUGUAACGUAGACGUCAAACACUGAAAGAUAAUGUGAGACGACAGAGGUAGAGGGAUUAUUCCCCAAAGCUUGACAGCUGAACACAGCUGAGAGAAAACUCUUUCUCAAAGCCCCAAACAGUCAUUGUUAUUUACUGAUUGUAUAACCUCCGAGAAGCCCCGUGACUGUGCUCUGAAGGCAUCUUGAAAUUGAAUCUCUCAACAACUCUGUUGCAUUUACCAACAAUCCCAUCCACUUCACUUCAGAAAAACAAUGGGGCUAUUUUAUUACACACGCUGAGACAGCCAUAGCAGCAGACACUCCUCUGUAACAGUGCUCUGGGGGGAUGAUGCACAAAACUCAGCCCUUAUACAAAUGGAUCAAAUCUACAGAAGACCUGUGCCGCACAGAGAGCUGAGAGUGUUGAACCAAAAGGAGGACAGAGAUCUCCGGCAUAAACUAAACAUGCUGGACAGGCAGUACCGGUACGCCCGCAAAAUGCUUCAGCAGAGACGAGACUGGCUGAUAAAUGAACAGAGAAGAUUGGGGAUGGUAAAAGUCUGUGAGCCCAAAGCUACAGUCGACAUCGCUAUGAAAGAAAUUGGAGAACACAAGGGCUCCGAGACACGCGUCAGAGGUAUUCACACAUCUGAUGGCGGAAGACUGUAUUCCCGCAAAUCCCAGUAUCACAAUCGAGGGUCUGAACCGGUGGAGCAGAGUCGGUUGACAUCGGCACCACCAUCGUCAGUUAAACCCACAAGUCCGACGAGACACAGAGGCAACGUCCAGAGCAACGUGUCUCUCAUGCAGAUGAAGAAUAUCGCAACCAUCGACUCAAUAUCAGACAGAGAACUGGCCAGAACACAGCAGAGAGCCCGAGAGGAAAUGGAGAGGGUGAGACAGCUUCAGAGGGAAGCGAUACACAAGAGGGUGACAGCAUUUAUAGAAAGUCUCAAGGACUCAGGCAACAUGAAAAUACUUGUGGAAACUCCAUAGAGGAACUUGAAAGUUUGGAGUCGUUAACA